UCACUCUUGUCCUCAAAUCAAAUAUAUCUCUCUCAAUCUCCCUCUCCCUCAAAAUCAUUCUCUCAAAUUAUUCCAAAUAUAAAAACAAUUUCUAUAAAAAAAAUAAAAAAUGGAAAGCAAUCUACCAGUGAUAUCAAAGAGAGUAUGGAGUAUGAUACGUGUGGCUUUUUUCAUGUUAAGGAAAGGCAUAUCAAAGGGUAAACUAAUGAUGGACCUUAACAUGAUGCUCAAACGUCGCGGCAAGCUUGCCGGAAAAGCCAUUGCUAAUUUAAUGUUCCACCAUCAUAGCCACCACAACAACGGCGGUUCAACCUCAAGCCGCCGCUCACACCACCAAUUCACCUCCUCAAGGGAGUAUGAGUUCAGCUGCAGCAACACCCCUCACCAUUUCUUCCCAUUAGGGAAGCGUCACCGUAGCCACAAUAAUUUCUUCACUUGCGCUCAUGUGCCAGCUACACAGGAUGAUGAUGUGGCAACAAUGAGCGCAAUGAAGGCAGUGUUGGAGAUGCUUAACAAUGAUCAAACAAUUGUAGGAGCAUCUCCUGCACUUCCUGGAUUCGGGCGGAGUCCAAUGGUGAGACAAUUGAGGGUGACUGACUCGCCAUUUCCUUUAAGAGAAGAUGAUGAGAAGGACAAUGAUCAAGUUGAUAAGGCUGCUGAAGAUUUCAUAAGCAGGUUUUACAGCCAGUUGAGGGGACAAGAUAUUGAUUGAUUGAUUAAUUAAUUCAAACUACCUUGUUUAUUUAGUUGAUAAUAAGUCAUGUGUCAUCGUUUGUUGUUAAUAAAUCAUUUUCAUUUUUGGUUAUUUUCAAUUUUUAAUGAUAUAUGAUCCAGAGUUGAUAUGCCAAUUAUAUGAGGGAGAUUUUAUGAUUGUUCAUGUUAUGUGUUUGCAUGUUUAAUUUAAUUUUACUUUGCUUAUCAACAAUUUACAGA